AAGAUGGCCGCCGAAGAUUCCACAAUGCCGUCCGGUCCAGAAAUGGCUCCGGGUUGCGGUGGAAGUGCUUGCACCCUCCUUGGUUGCGGUUGCUAAGGACUCGCUGUGACACAGGGAUCUUCGGGUGAUCCUUUGACCCGUGUGUGCUGCUGGAUGCAGGGGGCCAGUGGAAGCCUUGUGUGCACCCUGAUGGCUCUCACUGCAAGGGAGAUGGAACAAACUUAUGAGAGGAGGCUUGACUGGGACUGCAUUUUGUGAUAUUCCCAGUAGCCCACAUUAAGCAAUGUCUUGGCUAUCCAGUGAAAAUGGGAUUGAAGCUGAAGAACUGGAGGAUGUGUAUCAUGAGCUGUCACAGCUGGCCGACGAUGGACUUUCUGCUGCUACGUAUGAAUCGGACACCGAUAAGAAGGGGAAGAAGAAAAAAAGCAGCAAUCCUCCGAGGUCCCAGAACUCCCCAUAUCUCUCCAGCACAAAGAUGUAUCCUAGAAAGGCCCCCGUGUGGAGGUCUUUGAAAGGGACAGGUCAAAUGCACACUCAGAAUCCUAUGAUCAAGGUACCAAGACAGCUAUGGCUUGCUUCCCUUAAACAGGGCAAUGGCUUCACCCAGCCUGUGAAAGUGGACAGUGACAUUGGCCAGGCCUGGGCCAGUCCCAGCAGCAGCACUCCAGAAUACCUAAAGGAAGCUCUUGGGAUGAAGAAACCUAAAUACUCCCGUUCUGCUAGCACUGGUUACAUACCAGGAACACCGGACUUUAAGGAGAAAGAGGACAUGUAUGACCAGAUCAUAGACUUGAAGAAGACGCUGCAGGCACAGAAAUCAGAUGGAGAUAUAAUGAAAACAAAGCUCAGGAGGCUGGAGGAAGAGAACAGCAGGAAAGACCGUCAAAUUGAGCAGUUGCUGGAUCCAUCCAGAAGUUCAGAGUUUUCAAGGAGCCUGGUGGACAAAAGAAGUGAUAGCAGUGUGAUAGUGAAUAAUCUCAAGCAGAAGAUCCUGAAAUUGGAGAAACAAUGUAAAGAAAAAGAUGCUACACUCAGCAAACUCCAGACGGAUCUAAAAACCACCAGUGUAGAAGAGAUGAAAAUUGCUAUGGAGACCUACUAUGAAGAGAUACAGAGGUUACAGACACUGCUGGCCAAAGCUGAGGCCGCGCAGCAGAGACCGCCUCCAGAAAGCAGAGAUUCCCUGAAGAGACAGAAGGCGCUGAGCACGGCUCUGCUGAAACUGUCCAAACAAGUUAAGGAGCUGCAGGAUGAGAAUAAAAGUCUGAAAACAGAUCUGGACAGAGCCAUGGCCCCAUCCCCUACAUCAUUCAGGUCCAAAGGUUACAGUGAGUGGAGCAAACAGAGGCUGGUGAGGAAAAUCUCAGAACUAGAAAAGAAAUUAGAAAAUCUGGAGAACCCAAAUGUAUCCUCUACAGAACAGACCAAGUCGUCACGAGUCACGGUGAUCCCCAACUCCGAUCAGGGAGACGGGACACCAAAUCCUAAAUCUGAGCUUCAGGAAGAAUGUGACCGAUUGAAGAACUUGGUCAAGAAAAUAAAAGAAGAUCGUGCAGCUCUGCAGGAGCGUCUGGGCACAAAGGAAUCAGAGAACAAGAGACUGCAGCAGGAAAAGACGGAUCUAGAGAGACAGCUACAAAGGUUAAAGGACAAGAAAGAUGACAGAGAAGAAAUUAACCGUCUUAACCAAAAAAUAAAGAGGUUGGAGGCUCAACUGGAGGAUGAAAGGCGUGAGAAGGAAACUAUGAAGAAGUCACAGGAUGAGUCACCAGGGUCCUAUCCGAGUUCUGCAAGAAGCUCACCUAGCACAUCGUCUGCCCGUGGCUCCUUCAGUUCCUCCAGCGGAAGAGAGAAGCGAAGGAAACAAGAAGCUGCACAACUUAUACAGAAGAACUGGAAGCGUUAUAAAAGCCGGAAAGAAGAGAACGACGACCUGGAAGAGUCGGCCAUGUUCCUUCAAGCAGCUCUGCGGGGCCAUCUAGCAAGACAGAAAAUGUUAUCUGCGACCACACCCCAUCGUUUACAGUCUCCAAGAGCAAACAGCCUCCUCCGACAGGACAGCACCAUAUCCGACGGCAAGCAUGGACCAGAUCCCAGCGCGGUUGAAGAUGAUCAUGUGACAUUUCUGCAGUCUGCUUUCCGGGCGCAUGUGACCCGCACAAAAAUGCUUGGACAGAGACCCAGUGAGAUGAAAGGCAGAGAGAGCCCAGGCAGGAGAUCUCCCCGCGACAAUACAAGAUCUCCCAGCGAGAAUACAAAACCUUCCAGAGAGCGCAUAAGAUCUCCCAGAGAGAACACAAGAUCUCCCGUCUCCUGGAAAUCAUCCAGCCAAGAUGUCCGUUAUUCACGAGCGGGUGGAAGCAGUGGGGACGUCAGUGAGGAUUGUAUUCAAGAGUUGAGCUCUGAGGAGGAAGAGGAGGAAACACCCGCCAAGAAGCCAGUCUCCUACAGUUCACUGUCACAGCGAUCACCGUCAGUUUCAGGGAAGACACAUUCGCCCGUAGAAGACUCGCAGUCUGACGAUUCCGAUGACAUCAUUGUUGUGUCUCCAUCACGGCCUGCACGAAGGAAAGACUCACAUUUUUAACACAACUGAAAUGCUGUUCCCAGUGCCUACAAAACUUUAGCAGGGACACUUUUUAUAUAGACUUUUUUUCUAUAUUUAUUCACUCUUCAUUUGUCUGUGUCUGGUUCAUUUUUUUUUUUUUUUUUAAUGAUUCUAUUUCGACACAAAUCACAAAAUAAUGUAUAUGGUGCUCCGAAUGAUGUCUGGUGAAUUAAAGCUGUCAGUAUCUCGCCAGCUUGUGUUACACUACAACAGCAAGCACCUAUGGCCAGUGGCCCUCAUUCCUGGUUGAUCGCUAGCUGCUGUUGGUCGCUGCGUAGCGAUCAGUUAAAAAAACAGAAAAACUGCGUAUGCAAUGCGCAUGCGCGACAUACGGGUACAAAGAGCAUUGCCGAUCGUAAGGAGAUUGACAGCGGGAGCUUCUGGGUGUCAACUGACCGUUUUCUGGGAGUGUUUGGAAAAACGCAGGCGUGGCCGGGCGUUUGCUGGGCGGGUAUCUGACGUCAUUAUCGUGUCACUCGUCGCAGCAAUCAUUGCACAGGAUAAGUAACUACAGGGCUGGUCUUGUUUUGCACAAAAUGUGUUUGCAGCCGCUCUGCUGCACAGGCGUUCUCACUCCUGCAAAGCGAAAAUACACUCCCCCGUGGGCGGCGACUAUGCGUUUGCACGGCUGCUAAAAGUAGCUAGUGAGCGAUCAACUCGGAAUGAGGGCCAGUGAGUAGAGUUGUGUGUUAAUGACUGGUGACACACUGUUUGUGAUGCAAGGCAGUAGUGUAACCAAGGUAGUUGUAUAAUACAGCACAUGGCCAUUGACACACUUCAUCAGCAUUAGCCACUGCACAAUUUGUUAUUGGCGCCAUCCAUUUAAGAAGCAGUGGGUGGGGCUGCUGGUAAUGAGGACAGAUAUAGACAAUAGCAACAUAAUUUAGCCUGUGUCUAAUUUACUGACACACUGUGGAAUGGUAUUUAGCCACUCUGCAGAAUACCAUUCUGCGUUGUGUCAGUAAAUUAGCAUAUACAAUGCAUUCGCUCUGCCGUGGGGUUUGAAUUCACGGCAGAAGAAUAGGAAUGAGGGGAAUUGUUCACAAAACACUUGAAGCCAAAUUCUGUCCGAAUAAUGGGGGUAAUUCUGAGUUGAUCGCAGCAGCAAGUUUGUUAGCCAUUGGGCAAAACCAUGUGCACUGCAGGGGGGGCAGAUAUAACAUGUGCAGAGAGAGUUAGAUUUGGGUGGGGUGUGUUCAAUCUGCAAUCUAAAUUGCAGUGUAAAAAUAAAGCAGCCAGUAUUUACCCUGCACAGAAUCAAAAGAACCCACCCAAAUCUAACUCUCUCUGCACAUGUUAUAUCUGCCCCCCUGCAGUGCACAUGGUUUUGCCCAACUGCUAACAAAAUUCCUGCUGCGAUCAACUCAGAAUUACCCCCCAUGUGAUGAAGAGGCAAAUACACACAUCUCUCUAGUUAGGGUAGAUGUACGUUCCUUUCCCAGUGAUACUUACAUUGUGAAACGCUCCAUAUGGUAAGUCACUUUGGUCUUUUUUGAUAAUAUAAGCUGUGGAUGUUUAUGUGGGUAUGGGACUCAGGGUCAACACCCAUUGGUCGACAGUGGCUAGGUCAACACUAGAAAUAGGUCGACACGGCCAUUAGGUCGACGUGAACAAGGUCGACAUGAGUUUUUUAUGUUUGUUUGGUGUAGUUUUCGUCGUAGAGUGACUGGGAACCCCAAUUAGUGCACCGCGUCCCCUUGCAUGGCUCGCUUCACUCAGGCUACCGUUCCCAAUUGUCCACGUGGAUCGUAAAGUAUGAAAAAGUAAAAAAAAAAAAAAUUUAAAAACUCAUGUCGACCUUUUUUCAUGUCAACCUUGUUCAUGUCGACCUAAUGGCAGAGUUGACCUAUUUCUAGUGUCAACCUAAUGGGUGUCGACCUAAUUGGUGUCGAUCCAGAGUCCAGAUACCGUUUAUGUGGAGCAAACACAAAUCAUGAGUGUGUCUGAAUGGCCGCAGAAGACGUUGGACAUUGGGCCUAAUUCAGACCUGGUCGCACACUGCUGCGACCAGGUAAUCGCCGCCUACAGGGGGAGGGGUAAGGGCUGUGCAGGGGUGCGAUGCAGGGGUGCGAUGGUCUGUGCAGUGAGCUGCACAAAAAAAAGUUUGUGCAGUUUCUGCACAGCCCAGGACUUACUCAGAUGCUGCGACGAUCCGGGCCGGCUGUGACGUCAGGAACCCUCUGCCAAAACGGCUGGGCACGCCUGUGUUUCUCCGGACAUUCCCAGAAAACGGUGAGUUGCCGCCUUGGAAUGCCUUCUGCCUGUCAAUCUUCUUGCGAUCACUUUCUUCGUUAGCUUCGUCGCUGCCCGGCGACGGCUAGCGACGCGCGUGCGCAUUGCGACCCGUGCGCAUGCGCAGUACAGACCCGAUCACACGGCUGCAUAAAAAUGCAGCGUGCAAUCGGGUCUGAAUGACCCCCAUUAUGGCCACUCAAGAGCCUGGAAUCACGUUGCUUUUUUUUUAAGAUACAGGUUUCAGUGUAAAAGCUUCAUCAUAGUUUUCUGAUCAUUGUAUCACAAUAUAUACCAUGUUUUGAUUUUAAAACUACUUUUCAUUUUUUUUAUUUUAUUAGACUUUAGACACAGGGGUGAGCAAUAAGCGACCCUUCAGCUGCUAUGGGACCACACAAACCAGCAUGCCCUGCCACAGUUUUAAUAUAAGGGCAUGCUAAAACUGUUGCAGGGCAUUCUGUGACGUGUAGUCCCAUAGCAUCUGGAGAGCCACUAAUUGCCGAAGGGGUUAGGGUGGUGGAUACAAGUAGGAUAAAAGGAUUGGGAGCAUGGACAAAAAACACCAUAGUCCAGGGUUUCCCCAACGCGGUCCUCAAGGCACCCUAACAGUCCAGGUUUUAAGGAUAUCCAUGCUUGUGCACAUAUGGCAUAAUCAAAUUGACUGUACUGAUUGUCACCUGUGCUUAUGCAUGGAUAGCCUUAAAACCUGGUCUGUUAGUAUGCCUUGAGUACCGUGGGCAGAUGUAUUAAGCCUGG